AUGCUCGUGCCAAUCCUUUCGACUUUAUUACUGCUUGAUGUCAGUGUAUCCUCCACAUUUAAUUCGAGUGUAGUCCAUCAGGAAGACCCAGUCGUGUUCGUACGUCACUUGAAUGAUUCGCUGCCCUCUGCAAAUAGUAGCGUCACCGUUGAUGAAGCAGAGCUGGAGAGUUACGAUAAGAGUGAGCAGAACAAUACCGACACGGAUGAAACUGAUGGGGAGAGAGGAGUUGUUUUUCGCUUCAAAAAUUUUCUCUCGCAUAAUCCAUACACUCAAGAAGCCGUUGUCGGCCCGACGACUAUUGAACGAGUGGAUGCACUGCUUCAAAAAACGAAACCGAGUUAA